AUGGGCCGUACAACUUCUGAGGGAAUACACGGUUUUGUGGACGAUCUAGAGCCCAAGAGCAGCAUUCUUGAUAAAGUCGGAGACUUUAUCACCGUAAACACGAAACGGCAUGAUGGGCGCGAGGACUUCAACGAGCAAAACGACGAGCUGAACAGUCAAGAGAACCACAACAGCAGUGAGAAUGGGAACGAGAAUGAAAAUGAACAAGACAGUCUCGCGUUGGACGACCUAGACCGCGCCUUUGAGCUGGUGGAAGGUAUGGAUAUGGACUGGAUGAUGCCCUCGCAUGCGCACCACUCCCCAGCUACAACUGCUACAAUCAAGCCGCGGCUAUUAUAUUCGCCGCUAAUACACACGCAAAGUGCGGUUCCCGUAACCAUUUCGCCGAACUUGGUCGCUACUGCUACUUCCACCACAUCCGCUAACAAAGUCACUAAAAACAAGAGUAAUAGUAGUCCGUAUUUGAACAAGCGCAGAGGUAAACCCGGGCCGGAUUCGGCCACUUCGCUGUUCGAAUUGCCCGACAGCGUUAUCCCAACUCCGAAACCGAAACCGAAACCAAAGCAAUAUCCGAAAGUUAUUCUGCCGUCGAACAGCACAAGACGCGUAUCACCGGUCACGGCCAAGACCAGCAGCAGCGCAGAAGGCGUGGUCGUAGCAAGUGAGUCUCCUGUAAUCGCGCCGCACGGAUCGAGCCAUUCGCGGUCGCUGAGUAAGCGACGGUCAUCGGGCGCGCUCGUGGACGAUGACAAGCGCGAAUCACACAAGCAUGCAGAGCAAGCACGGCGUAAUCGAUUAGCGGUCGCGCUGCACGAACUGGCGUCUUUAAUCCCCGCGGAGUGGAAACAGCAAAAUGUGUCGGCCGCGCCGUCCAAAGCGACCACCGUGGAGGCGGCCUGCCGGUACAUCCGUCACCUACAGCAGAACGUGAGCACGUGA